AUGCUGUGGUUAGCCUCCGGAAUACUUUUGCUGGGAUCAGAUCUUUCAGAUUUGAAAGAAGCCACUAUUCAGAAAACUGAAACGAAAAAUGACUGUUCCAGGCGGUUAGAGCAUUUACUGAAUGUUCACCCGGAGAAGUAUCGCAGUCGAAGCAGUCGACCAACGCGGUCCUCGACGCCUGUUGAUCUGCGCUCCAUCGAUCACCAUCGUUCUCGUUCGGUUGAUUAUCUGUAA